GGACAGGCAACUGGUUGGUAUCGUAAAGUGGAUUCAAAAUACAUAAAAUGAAGUAGAAAUUGCUUCAGGACUCCUACACCUUGAUGCCGAAGCAAAUUUAGUCAAUGAGAAAAAUUAAGCGUCACUCAUGGAUGACUGGAAGAAUUAUUCACAGACAGAUAUUUGCUCGUUCCCUUGCUGGAUUGUGCAGACGUGUUUUAGCCUUGAAUUUCAAUUGGAAUGGAAAUUGCACGCAUGCAGUCAUAGCCUGGCUAAUUUAAAUUCAUUCAAUUAGCUGAGUCAAAAUAACCACUUGAAACUGGUCAAGUAUGUAACUGUAAAUGGACAUCGAGGGUGCAAUGUACAAAAAGAAAAGCAAAUGGAUAUUCAAUCCUUAAUCGUAACUUUAUUGUGAUGAUGUGCUGUUCAGUACGGGAAAGCAGCAAUCCUGUCGAGUGAUCGGGUGAUAAUUUCAAUGCUAUUAUAACUGUUUCCAAAAUGUUCAGUACAAACACAACAAAUGCAAUGAAGUUCGCGGAAAUGCAACGAGUAAAUGAAACUUUUACGUCUGUGAUAAUUAAUAGCAGUACCUUUUUAGAUUAUUUGGGUACAUCGCUGAAUUACAGUGGCACGGAAUGGUCUAUCGAUAAUUCGUCAUACUUUUACGGUCCUAAACGGGAUCCACUGUACGUUGUAAUACCAAUGACGAUCAUUUAUGUUUUGAUUUUUAUUACCGGAGUCAUUGGCAACAUCAGCACAUGCAUCGUGAUAUCAAAAAACAAAUCCAUGCAUACGGCGACCAACUACUACUUGUUUAGCCUGGCGAUAUCCGAUUUCCUAUUACUAAUUUCCGGCGUGCCACAGGAAAUUUAUUUUAUCUGGAGCAAAUAUCCUUACAUAUUUGGAGAAAUCUUUUGCGUAGUACGCGGAAUAGCAGCGGAAACGUCAGCGAAUGCCACUGUCUUAACAAUCACCGCCUUCACAAUUGAGCGAUACGUGGCUAUAUGCCAUCCUUUCCUUUCACAUACAAUGUCGAAACUAUCGCGAGCAAUUCGAUUUAUAUUUGCCAUCUGGCUGGUGGCGAUUGCUUCCGCCGUCCCACAGGCACUACAAUUCGGGGUAACUAAUCAGUCAGGAAUGGAUCAGUGCGUAGUGAAGCGAAUAAUCAUUCAGCAUUCCUUCGAGUUAUCGACGUUUUUGUUCUUCUUCGCACCGAUGACACUGAUAACGGUCCUAUAUGCCUUGAUUGGCCUAAAGCUCCGUUCUUCCACCUUAAUGAAACGGGACGGAACUCUACAGAGGCGGAACAACGCAUGUCCCAAUAACCGACAGCAAGGAAAUAGUCAAGGCACGAGAAGGGUUCUGAAGAUGUUGGUUGCAGUAGUAGUUGCAUUCUUCAUCUGCUGGGCUCCGUUCCACGCACAACGAUUGGUCUACAUUUAUGGUGUCGACAAGGAUCACCAACCCACCGAUCCACUGGUGUUGAAGUUAUUCGUGAUAACCACUUACAUCUCCGGCAUACUGUACUACCUAUCCACCUGUAUCAAUCCGCUUCUAUACAACAUCAUGAGUAACAAAUUUCGUCAAGCUUUCAAGGAGACGCUGGCCCGCGGCUGUCAAAUUUCGCGUAAAUCACGUGGUAAAGAGCGACCAUACCGAAUACUGUCCCGAAGGGAGCGACGUCCGACUUCAAACAAGGAGUCUUCUGAAUUCUCAGGCAAUUCCAUCAAAGAUGACAGCAUAUACUCAUCCUCUACUCAAAAACAGUCAAUCGAUUCCGUAGCGCUGUCGCGAGGCCACUCUGUGAAGCGUUUCAACCACGAGCGUUCGGCGGAUUGCGAAACAUUUGAUCGCCCCCAGAUGUUCACUUCAAAAGUGAUGAUGGCCUCGUCUGCUCAUUUGAAUCUGUACACCCAGGAGCAGGAGCUGUGUCUCAACAUUUAUCCUGCCAAUGAUUCGUUGUCCCAGCCGACGGAAAAUUUGUCUCGCAUUAGCAUACAAUUGAAUCGAUUAUCCUCGGACGAGACGCACCAGCACAGCCUCCAUCGACCUCACAUGUGCCCAACGUUAAUACCGCCAUCCUCGGCGUCUGAGCCAACCAUGCCAGGAACAACUUUCGCGGCUCAUUCGCUUGAUGAAAAUCUCAAUCAUUCCAAUCGGCGACUACCGAAUGAUGUCACCAAUCUCGAUCUAAUCUGCAGCCAGCAGGGGGAUAUAAAAAUAUGUAUUAAACGUAAAAAACGCCACCAGGAUAACCGUUUAAAGCUUUGGAGUUGUCUGCACCGCAUGUCGCCGUUGAAGGGUAAACAGCAUCAUUCUAGUCGACACCCAACGGCAGUUCAUUUUUACAGCUCCGUAUUAUGCAGUCAAAAGGAAAGUGCGGAGGAUAAUCAUAAAUCGAAAACUUCACCAACAGCAAAUGCGUAUCCGAUAGGUUUCAGCAUGCCGGUUUCGGAAGGCCAAGAAGAUGACCUCGAGGCAUAUAUGAAAGAGAUAAAAUUGAGGGAGAAUCAAAGCGGGUCCGUCCCCUGAGAUGUGCAAAAGACAGUUCCUCGGUAGGGCGGUAAACACACUGUACAGGCGAAGUUGUAUUUUUUCCGGCAAUUUACCGGAGUAAAAGUGUAAAAGGCCAGCAGGGUCAAAUGGGUUUCCAAAUAUGAAUUCAAGUGUGGGAAGGAAAUUUUCGCUUUCUCCCGUCGGCUCACAAGCAGAUGUUAGGUGGAAUAAUCAAUGUUGGAGAAGAUUCUUACAAAAUGUUUUAGAUGUGCCGCCAACUUUUCUGUCGUUAAUCUAGGAUACUAUUUUGAGAUGGCAGCAGACCAUAAACUCAGUUACGCUGGACUGAUUACCUAGACGCAGGAGUUAGCUGUUACCAUCUAUCAAUCAUUCAGUCACAAAUGACAUCGGUUAAACGUGUCUAGUGUAAGCCGCUACAUAUGUGGAGGUGGAGCUUCCCCGAAGAAGGAUUUGAGUGUAACAAUUAACAGAUUAUAAGCUUUGUCGUACUUCACAUUGAAGCUAGCAAAUUUGUUAAGAGUAGAGCGGAAUUAAAUCAGAUUGGCGCGUUGAUAUAGUAGGUAGGAAAAGCAUUUUUGUGUGUGUGCAAACAAUUGACGAAAACCGUAAAAUUCAAGUGAAAUGGCUGUGCAUAGAUCUAUCGAAUUUUUCAUUACCGUUACCAUUUAAUCUAACAUAGUACGUAAAUGUGAUAAGCUU